AUGAUCAUCAGUGACUCUGCAGAGGAAAUAGAAGAAAAAUGUCGGAAGGCUGUGAGUGACACCGUGUCUCGACUUUCUUACGAUCCCGACAAACGACCAGCCAUUUCCAAUUUGAUCGAUCUUUAUUGUGCUGUGUCUGGAACUGAAAUAGCGCAGGUUUUGCAGCAGGAUUGGGACCAAUUGCAACUGAAACAAGCACUUUCGCGGGCUGUCAUGGAACGAUUCCUUCCAAUACGAGAGAAACUUCUUCGGCUGGAGGAAGGAACAGAAGUCGAUGAGAUCUUAUUUGAGAAUGGUAAGGCAGCUCGAUCGAUUGCUGAACGAAAUAUGGAGGAAAUUCAAAAAAUAGUGGGGUUCUCAUAAUG